AUGCUGCUCUGCAAGGCUUAUCGAAAUUACAAGAAUCACAUCCCUCCUGGACCUGGACUGUUCAAGGCCAUCUUCUUCAACGCCAGAAAGACCGCGCCCGAAUGGGUAUGGGUGAGGAUGACGUCCCAGCCCAGCGAUGAGGGCUUUGCUCUGCAAUACUAUCUAAUGCCAGGUGAUCAGAGCAAGGGACUCGUCAGCUGUGGAAACUCAUCCUACAACUGUGCAUUAAAACGCUCGCACGAUACUAUCCACAUGCUUGGCUGCCUUGCAGCCUGCCCAGCUUUACCGGAUCAACUAUGCUUGACUGGCGUCCGAAACAAGAGCAUGGGAAACAUCGCACCCGAGCUGCUAGGAUGCUGCAAAGGCAAUAUACUCUUCGUCGGCCAUCGCGCACAUCUCGACAUGACCAGUCUCCGACAUAUCGUCGACAUGAUGCACAUGGAGUACGAUAAAUCACGCCGCCAAAUUGGACACAAAACAAAGGGCUACAUCCCUGGUGUGCGCAUCAACUGCAUCGGUGACCGGCUGGUCAGUGAUCGCCCAUCACUCGAGGCUUGCAAAGUCACCGACGGCUUCUACGAAAAAGACGACAAUCUCCUCAUGUGGAUUGCCUCCAAACUCGGUAUCGAUCUUUUUGCUCGCACUAUACCACCAGCACUGGCCUGGAGAAACCGUAGCGGUGGUUACAAAGGCUUGCACCAUGCCUGGAACUUCGGCUUCGCACAACUCAACCCUUCUGAAUGGUCAGCCAGCCUGGGUAGUGUUUACGUCGCGAGGAAAGAUAAGCAGCCAUUGCUUGUCGCUCACAUUGCGGCUCUGAUGGCAUAUCUUUACUCCAUCGGUAGUGGGCAAGUUCGAGAGAUUCUAGACAGCAAGGAGCCGUGGAGCCUAGCCUCCAAGUUCGACGAGGCUUUCGAGAUGCACAAUGACGUGUUACUUCAAACAGCUUCCAAAGAGGGUUUCGAGCGGUUUUGGACGAAGUGGAUGGAGGAAGAAGGGCGAAAGAACUAUGGUGAUGUCCCCUCACCGUAUGUGGUCUAG